CUUCUCCACUCAGCCCCCAGGAGAGUGGAGAGGGAGAAGGACUGCAUGGGGACUGUAGCCUACGGCUGCACAGCGAACGCUUUUUCUCAGCGCUGGUUUGGAAAUGAUCUUACAAACACGCAGCUAAACCAUGCAGACUCAGGCCAUUUAAAACCUUUUAUUUAUGUUAAGUAAAGCUCUUUCGUGAGUUGCAGUUACAAGUGAGUAGAAGCCUGCUAUGGAGGACCUCUUGAGUCAAAAUGAGUCUGAGCACUGACAAUGUCACAAACUUGUGGAAAAAUGGUUCCUCGGAACUCGACGGGACUCCGGGCGCGUCCUCCCAGGUCAAUUUCACCAACAGCUCCGGGGGGAACAACACGGAGCACAGCGAGGUGGACCUCACCCGAGCCAUCCCGCUCGGCUUGGUACUGGGGGCUUUCAUCGUGUUCGCUAUCGCGGGUAACAUCCUCGUCAUCCUCUCGGUGGUGUGCAACAGGCACCUACGCACCCCGACGAACUACUUCAUCAUCAACCUGGCCAUCGCCGACCUGCUGCUGAGCACCACGGUGCUGCCGGUGUCCGCCACUCUGGAGAUCCUAGACUGGGUGUUCGGCAGGAUCUUCUGUGACAUCUGGGCGGCGGUGGAUGUGCUGUGCUGCACCGCGUCCAUCAUGAGCCUGUGCGUAAUAUCCAUCGACCGCUACAUCGGGGUGAGCCAUCCGCUGCAGUACCCGGGCAUCGUGACCGAGAAGCGGGCUCUGCUUGCCAUGCUCGGCGUAUGGGCGCUGUCUGUGGUCAUCUCCAUUGGACCUCUGUUCGGGUGGAAGCAGGAGCCAUCGCCGGACGACACGGUGUGCCCGAUCACCGAGGAGCCGUUUUACGCGCUCUCCUCCCUCGGCUCCUUCUACAUCCCUCUCGUCGUUAUUCUGGCCAUGUAUUGCCGGGUGUACAUAGUCGCCAAACGGACCACUAAGAACCUGGAAGCCGGUGUGAUGCGAGAGAGGAUGAACUCCAGUGAGCUGACCCUCAGGAUCCACAAGGGUUCUCAGGUGCAGGAGGACCCCGGCGGCACCGGCAAGGGCCGUGCGCACCAAGCGAGAAGUUCCCUCACGGUGAAACUUCUGAAAUUCUCCCGGGAGAAGAAAGCGGCAAAAACUCUGGGAGUUGUGGUCGGCAUGUUUACGCUUUGUUGGCUGCCCUUCUUUCUCGCCUUACCCAUAGGUAGGUCCAAUGGGUCGCCAUUACUUUGGUCUAUGAUACUGUCAUAAAUAAAACCUGUUAGGCCAGUUAAAAA